AUGUGGCCCUCGAGAGUGGGGAGCAGGCAGCCCUGUCCCCGGGAAUCGGCACUCCGCAGGGCGGCCAUCAGUGGCAACGUCCUCGCCCUGCCGCCGCACCACGUCCCCACGGGCAGGAGUGUCCGGGUCUUCAUCUGCGCCAACCCUGACGACACAGAAGCGGAGAGGAACGCACUGAAAGAGCAUGUCUACCCCAAACUACGGGACUUCUGCAGAGAGAAUUAUGGGAUUGAGUUCCAGGUGGUGGACCUGUACUGGGGGAUGGACCCAGAGGAGUGGGACAGUCCAGACCUGCAGCGUCUCAGGAUGAAGUUACUAGAGGACUGUCUCCAGACGUCCGCCGGCCCAUGUUUUGUUGCGCUGGUGGGAGAGAAGUAUGGCAGUAUCCGCGUGCCGGGGGAGGUGGAAGCUCCAGAGUUUGAGAUGAUCCUGGACGCUGCGGUGGAGGCGGGCCUAGACACACACAUCCUGGAGGAGUGGUACUGUCGAGAUGAGAACUCCGUGCCGCCGGCCUACUACCUCAAACCCAAAGCCCAGAUGUUGAAGAACUACCAAAACUCAAUGGAGUCGAGCAGUGCAGCCAAGCUGAAGAACGACAAGGCGUGGAGGAACGUGUCUGGGGAGAUCAAGGGGAUCUUCCGUAGGUCUGUCCUGCAGCUCCAGGAGAAGGGCACCAUGAAGCCACCUCAGGCCAAGAAAUUCCUCUGCUCUGCCUUGGAGGAUGAACUGGACUUCGCCUUGGGCAAACAAACGCCGGCCUUCCUCAAGAAGUGUGUCUGCUACAUCCGCAAGAUCUCCAACUUCGACCGGCACGCCAAACUCCCGGAGAUGGCCAAGUACAUGGACAUCGUCGUCGCCGAGGACCGCGUCAUGCGUAACCAGGAAGCCUACGAACGUCUUUUAAAAGUGCGAGACGAGUUUAUCCCCACUGUGGUGGCCUCGUCCAACCUCCGCGUCUACUCCUCUGUGACUCACUGCGACAUGAAACUAGGCUACUCCCAGGAAGUGGAGAGCCACUACGUGGAAGGCUUGUGUAAACAGUUCUACGAGGAUAUGGUGGACAUCAUCCAGGCCACGGUCCAGCAGAACUUUGACACAGAAACCGACCCCCUGUACGACGAGAUCCUUCAGCACCUCUCCCUGUGUAAGAACUUCUCGGCCUUCUACGAUUAUAAGAGCGAGACGCUGGACCUGGUGCAGGAGUAUCUGCUGCCGUCUAAAGGGAGUAGGAUGAGCCCCCUGGUGGUCUACGGUGGGCCCUGCACGGGGAAGACACUGCUGCUGGCCGAGGUGGCCAAACAGGCCUACACGUGGCUCCAGACGGAGAUGGGCCCCGAGACAGACCCGGUGGUCAUCGUCCGCUUCGUGGGCUCCUCGGAGUUUGCCACAAACCUGCGUACCCUCCUCCAGAGCAUCUGCGAGCAGAUAGCCAUCAACUACCGCUGCCUCAUCCACUUCCUGCCCAACAAGAUCCAGGAGAUGACGGAGCUGCUAGUCAACCUCCUUGGGGAGUCCUCCUUCCAACGGCCCCUGGUCAUCAUCCUGGAUGCGCUGGAGCAGCUCUCAGAGGCCGACGAGGCCCGCAAGCUGUGGUGGCUUCCCGCCCACCUGCCUCGCACUGUCCGCAUCGUUGUCUCAACAUUACCCAACAAGCACGGAAUCCUCCAAAAGCUCCGCUGUUUGAUCCAUGACGAAGGACGCUACGUGGAGCUGGUGCAGCGUGACCGCAAGACCUGUAGUCAAACACUGAAGCAGCAGCUGCUGGGGUUGAAGAGGAAGGUGACCUCGGGACAGCAGAUCUAUGUCAAUGAAGCGCUGGCCAAGUGCACGCUACCCAUGUUCGUCAACCUCGUCUACCGGGAGGUGGUACACUGGCGCUCGCACAAGGACGUGGACGACCGUUCGCUGUGCUCCACCGUGCACGAGAGCAUUGAGCAGCUCUUCUACUCGGUGGAGAACAAGCUGGGGCAGCGGUUCGUGUUCAGGGCGCUGGGAUACAUUACCAUGGCCAAGGCGGGCUUAACGGAGGUAGAGCUGGAGGAUAUUUUGUCACUGGAUAACAGUGUGCUGGGAGAUAUCAUGGUCAGUUCAAAUCUAAAAAACCCGCUGAGGAUCUCCUAUGACCUGGUGGCGAGGUUGAAAGAGGAACUGGAGGGGUACCUGGUGGAGAGGCAGGUGAGAAACGUUACCCUGAUGGUGUGGGCCAAUAGACAUCUGCACCUCAUCGCCCAGAAGCUGUAUCUUAGCAAUGAGGAGGACGUGCACCAGAUGCACAGCCUCCUGGCCGAGUACUUCCUGGGGGCGUGGUCGGGCGGCAGAAAAAAGAUCUUCCACUGCGACAACAACCACUUUGCCUCGCUCAACAUCUCCCAACACAAGAACCCCCACCCCCAGCAGCCAUCCCACAAAGAAGCAUCCGCCGAGAAGUACUCCUAUGACAGGCAGACCCCUGAGCAGCCCUGGGUGUUCCAGUGCAACCUCCUCGAGCCUGACAUCUUCUUCGUCAACCACAGGAAGAUGACAGAGCUCCUCUACCACCUGACUCGGAGUGGCCGCACGGACGACCUCAUGUACGGGGUCAUCAUGAACUUCAGUUGGCUUUACACCAUGAUCAAGAUAGGGCAGUUUGAGAAGGCGCUGACCGACAUCGACGUAGCUUACAGCUACUCCCAGGAGAAAGAGCUCAAGUUCUUGGCCGCCACGCUGCGCAGCAUCAAGGUCAAAGUGAUGAAAAACCCGGCGUCCCUGUCUGCAGAGCUGCAGCAGAGGCUCCUCCCCGUGGUAACCUCCCUACCAAAGCUUCGACACCUCCUCCUGGAGUGCGACAAGGACGGCCCCAAGUACUGCUCCAUCGUGCCCCUCCACUCCUCCAUGGACGUCACCUACAGCCCUGAAAGGCUGCCGCUGUGCUCCAGCUACAUGCAGAUAGUGGAGAUCCUGCCCACCCUAGCCCCCAACAUUGUCCUCGUGGCCCUGGACGACGGGUCCGUCAGCACAUGGGACGUGGAGAGCAGGCAGCUCCUCCGGCAGAUAGACACGGCCCGCUCGGUUGUCUUGGGGAUCAGACUAACAAGCGAUGAGAAGUACCUGGUCGUGGCAACCACCAAGAAUACGCUGCUCAUUUAUGACAACCAUAAGUCCUGCCUGCUGUCCGAAGUAGACAUCAAGGGCUCCAAGCACUGUGGUAUCACGGGAGGGGUGGCUUUCAUCAACGGAUUCACACUGGCCAGCCAUCAUGCCUUGGCCUGGCUAGAGGCCAGUAAAGACGUUAAUGUGAUCGAUCUGCUCUACGGCUGGCCCCUCUACCAGUUCCACUGCUGGUACGAGGUCACCUGCGUCCAAUGCUCCCCGGAUGGAAUGUAUGCCUUCUGUGGUCAGUAUCUCAACACCACGUCCAUCUUCCAUCUGGGCACCGGGGACAAACUAGCCACGGUCACGUCCGAGUUUUCCGGGGGAUUCGUCAAGUCCAUCUUAGUCCUGGACACCAUUCACCAGAUGGUGAUGAUCGAUAAUGAGGGGAGCCUGUCGGUGUGGAACACCAAAGAGAUCACCAACCCCAGACUGAUGGAAGAUUACGACUGCCGGGGGGACGAGAGCGAGGUGGUGGGCAUUGAGCUGUCAGAAGACCAGCGCUCCAUCCUCAUCUGCAAAGACAAGAGCAUCGAGGUCCUGGACACCAAGUUGUGGAAGAUGGCAGAGAAGUUCAAGGCCAAGCGCGCUGAGCGUUUCGUGGCAGCAGUCCUCUCCAAAAAUGGCCAAAGUAUCGUGGCCUCCAUGGAGAACACGUCGUCCAUAUUUGUGUGGAGGAGGGACAGUGGGCAGUGCAUGGCCAGUCUGAUUGAGAUCUCUGGGGCCAUCAUUAAACUCAUCAAGUCCACCCACCACAACCUGCUCCUGUCUGUUGCUAGCAGUGGAGUGCUAUCUGUCUGGGACAUUGACAUCAUCACCGCCAUGUCCAACAUCGACAAAACAGGUAAGAGGAUCCAGAGUUUACAGCUUUCUGGAAGGGAAGACUUUGUGUUCACCAUGGAUGGCUCCGAAGCCAUCCACAAGUGGAACUUCAGCACGGGCUUCAUCGAGACUGUCUUCAAGCACGAGGGCUUGGUGGAGAACUGUGUCCUGACCUCCUCCGGGGAUCUCAUGGUGACGUCGGAUGACAAGUGCAGCCAGUACAUCUGGCACACGGCCACUGGCGAAAACAUUUUCCGCAUCAACGGACAGAAGAUAUCCCAGCUCCUGAUGACCCACAACGACCAGUUUGUGGUGUCCCUCUGCGAACAAAACUGCUCCCGAGUCUGGAGGCUGGCCACCGGACACAAAGUGUGCAACAUACUGGUGACCCUCCAGAACGCACUGAUCACCACCGCAAACACCUUCCUAGUGGGAACUACUAAAAACAAGCUGCUCGCUGUCAGCCUCUGGUCAGGCAGUAUUUCUAAGAAGUUUGUCUGUGACGACGGCAUUAGCAUUGUCAACUUCAAGCUUAUUCCCGACUGCCCUGACUUCGUGGUCUUCAUUACAUCGACAGAGACUGUGUUUAUAUGGAGCGUGGCGGACGAGUCAGUCUGCAGACGCGUCCAGCUGCCUACUAACUUCCUCAAAAACCUGGAAGACUUCCAGAUUUCACCAAAUGGGAAACUGGGUAUUGUCUCCAAGGGCGACGAGAACAUUAACGUGUUGGACCUUCACAGCGGGAAGCUGAGGCUUGUCCACGCCGCCGGUAUCAUCUGGCGGCAGAAGCUGUCCAGGGACGGGCGCUACCUGGUCUACAUCUGCUUCCGGAACUGCGAUGAAGAUGACGAAGCGGGUGUGGUGUCCAACCUGAUAGUGAUGCGUCUGGCAGAUGGAAAGAGCAUCGGAACAUGCUCCCUCUACAAGACGCCCACCUUCCUCUGCCUGUCCCAGCGGGCACUCAACAUCAUCAUCGGCUUCGAGGACGGCAGCAUCAGCACAUACACGGUGGUGGACCGCGUGGACGCCGCACUCAAGAUCAAGAUUGCCACGUCCAACAGCCGGCAGAUCGUCAACAACGCCUCACAGAAGGUAAGGCCCAAGUGCGGCAACCACACCUUCAAGACCAUCGCCGACUGCGUGUGGAGGGAGUCCACUGAGGUCUUCUCCAGGGAUAGCCCCAUCAAUGUCUCUGACUCAGGGGAGCCAGAGACCACCACUCCCACCAAAAAGAGUGAACUGUUGCAAUGA